UUUCCAAAACAUCCUCCUCUCUAGCUCUUCGCACGUCGUUUACGUACGUCAAUUCAUUUAGCAGUAACUUGACUUGAAUACCCCUUGACCUAAUUUUACUCUAAUAAACAGAAGAGCUUUAUAAGAACGGCCUGACCAGUUUCUACAUCCAUGCCUAAACAUAAUAUUGAGUCUAUUACCUCGCCUGUCAUGCCUGUGUGAUGAAUCAAUGAUGAAUUGACAGAAACGGAUUCGGAAUCCACGAAUUCAGUCCAUGGAUUCUUUUACACUGAAACCAGACAAGGGAGAAAUGAGGCUGCAAGCCAAUCUGGAGUCCUCCCUCAGGGAAAAUGGAUUCAAGAGUCCCAGACCAACCCCAAAGUUCCUCAAGGAGGAGACUACGUUUUCGCAAAAGAAGCAUAGAGGCGUGACCCCCCGGAAGACGGGACCCCCACGGCCUCCCUUAAAGAGUGUCCCCCCUGUUAGUCGUCUCUUUCCAAACAAGACCAGAGAAGAAGAGUCUAGACCCAGAGCCAUCUCCUUCAGACAGUCAGAACCUUCUGUUCUACUGCUGAGUCCUCACUACAACGAGAAGAGCAGAGACUCCUUCUUCGAUCAGUGCUUCACAGUUGUGCAGAAACUUGGCGAGGGAUCGUUUGGUGAGGUGUACAAAGUGAAGUGCAAAGAGAGCGGUAAGCUUUAUGCAGUAAAGAGGUCUAGAGAGAGAUUCAAGGGUGAGGCUGACAAGAGGAGGAAGCUAGAGGAGGUCCACCAACAUGAAACCCUGACCAGACACCAAAAUUGUGUUGAGUUCUUCAAGGCGUGGGCCGAGAAGGGGCAUCUGUACAUACAGACAGAGCUGUGCCAAAUGAGUCUUGAAGAGUAUGCGGAAAGUCAUCAUGAUAUAUCUGAGAGUACAGUUUGGGGAUUCUUACUGGAUCUUAUCAAGGGCGUGAAGCACCUCCAUGAUCAUGACUUGCUUCAUCUAGACAUCAAACCCGAUAACAUCUUCGUGUCUGUAAAUGGAGUUUGUAAACUGGGUGACUUUGGACUCACGAUACAACUCGGCAAGAAUGACUUAACGGAGGCUCAAGAAGGAGAUCCAAGGUACCUAGCCCCAGAGCUACUGCAGGGAAAGUUUGGCAAGCAUGCUGAUGUUUUUAGCAUUGGAAUAACAAUACUGGAGCUUGCGUGUGAUCUGGACUUGCCUCAGAACGGACAAUUGUGGCAUCAGCUACGCCAUGGGGACAUACCCUGGGAGAUCACAGAAGGUAUUUCAAAGGGACUGAGGGACAUGAUUGCAUCCAUGAUGAAUCCAGACUACAGUGAGAGGCCAACACUGCAAGAUUUACUGGACCUCCCCAUCAUGAGAUCAGUCAGAAGGAGAAGAUAUGUCGCCCUCUGCUUCCGGAAGAUGUGGAUUGCGACGAUCUCGUGCCUCAGCCUGAUAUGGGGAAUGCUGGUGACUUUACUCUUCAUCAUUAUACGCCCAUUGUCCACAAAACUCCCCGAGAGCUCUCCAACAGUGAACCACAAAGCACCACAGCGACCGUUGGACUGGGAUCUCAGCUUUUCAGACGAUGAGUGUUUUGAGACAGAUGUAUCCCAGAGUUCCUACGGUCAUUCUCUCGCUCAUUCAUCAUUCUCCAGCGAUGACGAGAAGAGUAAACUCUACAGUGCUGCCAAGGAAUAUUCUAGUUGCUCGACUAUAGCCACCUCUGGGACACCCUUCUUAACUAGAAGUCAUAGACGAACCCCCCUUUUACCACGAAGCUCCUCCCCCAUCGUUCAUGGCAUGAUGAAUAACAGUGUCGAGAGAUGGACGCCCAACGGCAGUCCCAACAUUAGCGCACUCCAUGACGAGAUCGUUUCUCCGCUACGCCUCAGUUUUGAUGAACCCAAAGUACUUAAUAAGUCGGCGCUGGAACCCAAGAAUCUCAUGCAGAUAUUUGACGAUGCAGGGAAAGACUAGAGCAUUAAAGUUAAGGACGUUGAGAUAUAUUAUAUGCAAGUAUAUUUAGUUUAACUGUUUUGUAUAUUAAUGGGAUUGUACAGAACAGUGCCCAAUUUGAAGGAGCUGCUUAAGCAAAAAAUGUUGCUUAACAAUUGUCUGCUAGGCAGAAAUGAGCAGGAUACUAGUCACAAAU